AUGGGGAGCUGUACAAAAACUCUGUUGGCUGAGCAGCUAAACACACUCUGCCAUUCUCUCCCGGUUGAAGGUAUCGCCAAAAAGGUGGCGCCCACCCAAGCUAACGCUGCCUUCGUUUGGCGACAGUUUAUCGACCUCGGCCGCUCUAACUCCAAGAAAAGCAAGCGAUACAGAUGCCGUCACUGCCAAAAGGAUUUUGCAGCGACCUCUGUUGGGAGGCCGAAAGAGCAUCUCGCUGCGUGUGAGAAAUGGCAAGCCAAGCAGCGACAAGAGUGUCAAGCUCAAGACAACGCUGGCUAUCUUCCCUCAUAUUCAGAAGCCAUACAAAAGAAGAUAACAGAGGUCGGAAUUCAGCAUAUCUCGCAGGACGAUAGUCACAGUUACGCCUAUGAUGCCGCCGCUGCUGUAAUCGCCGGCAGUCGGCCAUUCAGCCUCUUCGAGAGCCGCCUUUGGCGUUAUUUCUUCACUCGCAUUAAGCCUGGCUGGAAGCCUCCUAGCCGCGCCGCCAUUACGAGAAUUCUUCCCGACUUCUAUCAGGAACUCUAUGACGAGGUUUUUAAACGCAUUACCAGCUUAGAAUGGUUCAACAUUAUAUUUAACGCUUCAGAUAAUGUCUCGGGUCACAGAAUCGUUAAUAUCUCGGUACAGCUACCAGACGGCCCAGCCUUCUACUGGAAAACGUUUGACACGGGAGACAAAAAGCACACAGCAGAGAAUUGGGUGAAGCUGAUAUGGGGAGAAAUGCAGCAACUGUGCGGCGGUGAUCUCUCCAGAACCAAUUCUAUCUGUACAGAUACUGAAAACACGAUGCGCUCUGUACACGGCUUGCUAGGGAGAUUCCCAGAGCUCUCACAUAUCAACUUCUCUCUAUGCGAUUCUCACGGCCUUCAGCUUCUAAUUAAAGAUAUCCUUCUUCUUCCAUUCUUUGAGGAUCUCUGUAAUAACGUCAGCACCCUUCUCAAGUUCUUCUCACGGUCUAAAUUACAAUUGCAAAGAUUGAGAAUGUGCCAACGCACAAGGUGGAACGGUGUAACUCGCGCGCUGAUCAGAAGGUACCGUAUAAUUACACGCUGGGGUUCUCAGGACAAUUCUUUCUUCUCCCUCCUCCGUUCUCGUGACCCUGCCAGAGACUGGUCUAUUCGAAAAGAUGUACGGGAUGAGCUGCGAUCUCAAGAUUGCCCCGUUCUCCUGCCCGAAGCGGUUCGAAUCAUCAAAGACAACAACUUCUGGCUAGAACUGGAGGCUGCGAUCGCUAUGCUAAAACCCGUGAACGAAUUUCAACACGCUUCCGAGGCUGAUGGGGCGGGAAUCGCACACGUUGUAAAUCACUGGCUGCAAAUCAAAAGCAAAUGGUCUGAGAUGGGAGAGGCUGAUCAGUUUCCUGAUAUUCCGUGGGACGACAUUGACGCUUUAUUCAAAGCCCGGCUCGAUAAGCAAACAUACGAUAUACAUUGGAUCGCCGAUGCCCUCCGGCCUGAUACAAUAGGUCCCAAUUCGAAACUGCCGCCUAGCGUCUUUGCGCGCGUACACGAGUAUUUGCAGAAACAGCGGAAAAACGACGACGAAUAUCACCGUGCCCUUUCCGAAUUCACACACUUCCGAAUGCGUACAGGCGGCCCAAACGGCUUGUUUAAUAAGCACAGCGCUGUAUACGAUGAUGGCUUCAAGCCAGCAAUGGCGUGGCAGUGCCUCCUCAACCAGGGCUCGAUUCUGGCUAGAGUACCCGUGAAGGUAAUGAACACGCUUGCGAACUCUGUGCCAUCAGAACGAAGUUUCUCUGCUAUUAGUUUCAUACACACGAAAGCUCGAAAUCGCCUUACGCCCAUGCACGCUGACAUGCAGGCCUUCAUUUUUAUGAACGACCGCGUAUUAGAUCGCCUUAAGGAUCAGGAGUACGCCCAUAAAAAGCGCUGGGCGGAUCUUGAGGAGAAGGACUGGCUAGAACUCGAAGAUUCAUAUCUCGAGUUCUUGGUGAAUGCGCAGGGCAAGAAGGUCUGGAUGGAUGGUGUGAUGGCCUCCACCAGUGGAGAUUUUGAGUGGGAGGGUGUAUUACAGUCGACGGGUGAUAUAUUAGGGGUUGGCACUGAGGUGGAAUCAGAGGUUUGA